AUGAUGUUGUCCGGAUUGCGGAUAACAUUAUUGAUUUUGCUGGGAUUGGCUACAAUUAUACAGGUUGGUUUUUGGAUUUUUUAGGGAGGAUUCCACGAAUUUUCAAAAAUUUUCCGGAAAAAAAAAAGAUUUAAUUUUUUUUUAAGAUUUGAAGAUUAAAAAAAAAUUUAAAUAUUAAUUUUUUAGACCUAGCCUCAAAUGCUUCAGCUUAAAAUUAGCCUAAGUUUAUUUCUCCUAGAAUCCUUAACCUAAACUUUUAAGCCUAAGCCUAGGAGCCUUAACCUAAACCUUCAAGCCUAAGCCUAGGAGCCUAGAGAUCUUAACCUAACGCUAUAGUCUAGCCGUCGAGCAUUAUCCUAAGCUUAAGCCUAAAGAUAUUUUUGAGGCUCCAAAUUCAGUUCAAAAAUUCACGUGGAAUUUCAGAAUUUAGUUUUUCAGCAAAAAAUCAAAUUUCAAAAAAAAACGUGACCAACAAAAAAUCCACAUAAUUUUUCCACAUGUUUUUCUUAAUUUUUUUCUUCUCCCCCCAAAAAAUCCGCCAUUUCGAUUUGCAGUGUCACACCACAAAACCCACCUCAACAAUAUCUCAACUCUCAAAUGUCGAGCUGAUUUGUCCGGAUGGCUGGAUUCAGCACGGCUCGAAAUGCUAUCAACAAUUCAAUAUUCAACAAAGUUGGCCAUUUGCACUUGCCACGUGUCAGAGAUACGGUAGCAAUUUGGCGAUGAUCAAGACGACGUCGCAAAAUCGAUUUAUUGCCAAUUUGUUGGCGAAACCGACGAAGGCGGCGAAUUUCAAAGAGAUUUGGAUUGGUUAGUGGGCUUUUGGGCAUUUUUCUUGAUUUUUGGGUUUAAUUUUAGGGUUCUAGAUUUUAGACUUGGCACGUGUGUUUUUGACUGAAAUUUUGCUACAAAAUGAGCUCAGAAAUGUCACGUGACAAAAUUUUUGGAUUAAGAAAGUUGUUGAAUUUCUAAUUUUUUUUUUAAUGAGGAUUGCUCAUAUUAGGAAAAAAUUAAUUUUAUUUGAGAAAAAGAUGGUUGCUCAUGUUAAGCACAAAAAACUAGUUCUCUGAUUUUUUUUUAACAAGCUAAUUUUUGAGCUGAAAUUUGAUUUUCUGAAUUUUUGAGCUUUUUAAUUCGGUUCAGUUUGAAGAAGGUCUGAAGAAGUUUUUUGAAUAUUUUUUCUAAUAUGAGCAAUCCCCCUUUAACAUGAGUUUUCUAAAAAUUCAGAAUACAAGGGAUUUUCUUAAUAUGAUUUUUCUUAAUAUCAUUUAUCAUUUCUUAAUAUCAUUCGAAGCCUAAAACAAAUUCUGAAUAUUUCUAGGCCUCACAGUCGAAGUCACACCAACCGAUGAGCAAUUCAUAUGGUCUGAUGGUUCUCCAACUUCAAGAUACAAUGGAUUCUGGCGUCACGAUCAACCAAAUUUCAUAAAUGGAAGUUGUACUCUCGCCACAAUCGAUCAUAAAGAACUCGAAUGGCGGCUCGAAUCAUGCAAUUUGUUAAGAAAAUUUGUGUGCGAGAGACCAGCUUGUGUUCGUGGCUCAUAUUUCUGCUCAUCUGGCUCAUGCAUCUCCGAAAAGAAUAAAUGCAACGGUGUUCGAGAUUGUGAUGAUGGAAGUGAUGAAUUGAAUUGUCCCAGUGCUUUUCAACCAGCUUGUCAUACUUAUGAAAAAGGAGAAUCCGGGCAAGUCAGUUCGCCGAAUUAUCCGAAUCCUUAUGAUCCGAAUUUGUCGUGUCGACAUGUUUUGGAGACUUCGAUUGGCUCGAGAAUUGAAGUGACUUUGGAGCAUUUGGAAACGGAACCUGAUUUUGAUGUUUUGACGAUUUUGGAGGGUGGACCAGCUGAGAAUUCGACACGAGUUUUGGCAAGGCUUUCUGGAUCACAAGGUGAGUGUUCAAGAAGCAAACGGGGCAAAUCCAGUUGGCUUGGCGGAGACAUUUUUCUAACAUGAGCAAUCCCCAUUUUUUCCGGAAAUGCAGGAAUUUGCCUAACAUGAGCAAUGUUGCAAAACAUGCCACGUGGCAUAAUGUUUCGGUUUUUAUUUUUGAGAUAAAAACAUUGCUCAUAUUGGAGCACUUCAAACUAUUUUCUUUUCAAUUUUUGAAAAAAAACACCAUUGCUCAUAUUAAAAAAAUUCAGUUUGUAUCCUGAGUUUCCGAAGAAAAAUAGCGAUUGCUAAUGUUAGAAAAAAUACCAAAGAAAAAUCGCAAUCGAUUUUUAUACAAAAAAAUCAUUGCUCAUAUUAGACAAAUAUUUUUUGUAUCGUAAAAUUAAGAAAAAAGUAAGAUUGCUUAGAAAAGUACAUUUUUUUGUACAAAAACAUUGCUCAUAUUAAAAAAAAUCAGUUUGUAUCAUGAAAUUCCGAAGAAAAAUAGCGAUCGCUCAGGUUAGAAAAAAUCCCAAAGAAAAAUUCGCAAAUCGUGUAAAUCAAUGCUCAUAUUAGAUAAAUUUUUUUUGAAACCUAAAAUUGAGAUAAAUUGAAAUUGCUCAUGUUAGAAAAAAAACAAAUUUUUUGUACAAAAACAUUGCUCAUAUUAAAGAAAUUCAAUUUCUAUUCUAUAACUUAUUGUUAGAUUUUCAAAAAAUGAGAAUUGCUCAUGUUAGAACAAUUUUCUACGCCACAAAAGCCUCAUCAAUUCUUUUUCCAGUUUCCGAAUCCGUCAAAACCUUCACCUCCUCAAGCAACAUCAUAAUCCUGCAAUUCCGCUCCGACGCUCAAUCAAAUCUCCGCGGCUGGCAAAUCAAAUGGCGUGCCGUGCCGUUCAGCUGCGGCGGAAAACACAUUGCACAAGCCUAUCAACAAAGCUUCACAUCGUCCGGAUAUCCGAUGGCUUUGCCACGUGGCGCGGAAUGCGUUUGGAUUCUGGAAACUGUUCCUGGACAGGUUAUUAGUCUUACGAUUGAUGAUAUUGAUUUGGGAGAUGAGGAUCAGAUCAUUUUCUAUGAUGGUGCUACUCCAGCUGCGCAAGUUCUUGGGGUCUCGAAGUAUCUCACAUCUUCAUCAAAUUUCAUCUAUGUCUACCUGGUAACAUCUACAAAUUCCAAUACAAAACGGGGAUUCUCGAUAUCUUACAAACGUGGUUGCGAUCUUGUGAUCUCUGCAGACCCCAGUGGAUCUAUCACAUCCCCUGGAAACUUGGUGAAUCGCUACCCGAAUAACCUUCAGUGCACUUAUACUAUUGAAUCAUCUGAUGAGACCAGAAGUAUUUCAGUUGGUUUUGAGAAAUUCGACGUGGCUGAUGAUGAUUCGCUGAAGAUUUUUGAGAAUUCUGCGAAGGGACGAGGACUUCUAGAUUCACAAAUCAGCAAGCCGGAUAAUAAUCAAAUAGACUCGAAAGUCUCGCGUCUCCAAGUGAUUUUCAAAAGCAGUGCAACUCGCAACGCAAUGGGAUUCAAUUUCACAUUUUCCGUCGAUUGUGCCCCAUUGAAAUCGGUUCCGAUGGUCACAUUAUCCACCAAAGAUCGCACAGUGAAUACGGUAGUUGUGGCAAGUUGUCCGGUUGGAUUCGAAUUUGCGUCGGGAGAGGGCAUGUCGAAGCAGAUGACGUGUCAGAUGGGCGGAAAAUGGUCGAGUGAUGAGAUUGCCACGUGUCAACGUGGGUUUUUUGGGGGGGGGAUGUGGGGAACAUUUUAGCAUUAGGUCUACUGUAUUUUGCCACGUGGAAAACACGUUGUUUCUUCGGAAAUUCUCGAAAAAUCCAGGUGGCAAAAUUUAGUUUUUGCCACGUGGGAUUUCGAAAUUUAAAUUUUUUAGGGCAAAAUCGCUCCAAAAAUCCACGUUUUUGAUCAAUUUUUGAAAAAAUUCGGAAAAUCCUGAUCUAGCCGAAAACUUCCAUCACAAAUAGAACAGCCCUGGUCCAUAGAAAAAAUCUAUAAUUUUCAGCAAUCUACUGCGGCUCGGUUCCCCAAAUCGCCAACGGCUACGCAACCCAAGCCACCAACGUCAGCUACGGUGGUCAAACAAAAUACACCUGCUACAAAGGUUUCUAUUUUGCUUCCGGAAAAGACACGGAAACCGCCUACUGCGCGGAAGACGGAAAAUGGACAACUCCGCCCCAAUGCAAAGCUGCCACGUGUCAACCGUUGCUCCAAUUCAGCAAUGGAAAUCGGAGGCUUGAAUUCGGCGAUGGAACCGGAUAUGGAAGUGUGUUCCGUUUCGAUUGUCAUUCUGGUUAUCGUCGUGAAGGUGUCGAAUCACUUUUGUGUAAAUCUGAUGGUCAAUGGUCAUCGAGUCAACCAACGUGUGCUAAGGUUACCUGCACAAAUCUGCCACGCAUUGCCAACGCGAAGAUCGAAACUCCACCAUCGCGAUUCGCUUUUGGUGACGUGGCACGCGUUGUUUGCCACGCUGGAUUUAUUCUGGAUGGUCCGGAAGAGAUUCGAUGUUUGGCGAAUCAGACUGUUUCCGCAACACCGAUUUGUGAAGAUAUUGAUGAGUGCGCGACGGGAGUUAGCCAAUGUCAAAGUUUGGGAGCGAAAUGUGUGAAUUUGCCGGGAAGUUAUACUUGCGAAUGUUUGAAGGGAUAUCAGCCGCAAUUAAUGUGUCUUGAAGCCACCAACAUUUUAGUUGUAGCCAAAGGGGAACCCUUGAGCCCGAUUCCGAUCACACCAACGGUUUCUUGGUGUGUCACGUCAACUUCUAGAAGCAUCUCUCUGAAAUUUGAUAUUCCAAUGAUUGUCGAGAAGAUCAAGCUAUCCGACUCGCUAAAAGGAUCAGUCAAAUCUGUCUCGAUCAAAUACAGCACUUUACAUUCAACUCGCCCGAAGAAACUAGUAAUCGAUAAUCAACAAAACUUCCAAGUCGAUGAGGAAACCGGAAUAAUUGAUCUUCCAGUCGCCAUCGAAGCCCAAAUUCUAGAGAUUCAAGCAGUUUCCAUCGAUGGAACUCCGUGUCUUCAAAUUGAAGUUCUUGGAUGUCAACGAACAUCUUGCGCGGAUGUUAAUGAGUGUCUUCGUGACAACGGAAAAUGCGAUCAUAAUUGUAUCAAUACUCAAGGAAGUUAUAAAUGUGAAUGUCGAAAUGGUUAUGAUUUGGAUGUUUCGAAUAAUCGAAGUUGUGUUGCGCGAGAAUGUAAUGUUGUAAAAUCUCCAGAAAAUGGAAAGCUUUUAUCAACAUCGAAGCAAUUUAAGUAUCCCAAUGUUGUGCAGUUCCAAUGUGAUUUCGGAUAUCAAAUGAUGGGACCAGAUUAUAUCAAAUGUUUGGCUGAUGGAACUUGGAAUGGCACGGAACCCUAUUGCUUGCCUGCAACUUGUCAAGGUUUAUCGCUCUCCAAUGAUGGACUUGUGGCAACUCCGAAUAAUCUAACCAUCCCAUUUGCCGCUAAUGUCACCCUAGAAUGCACAGAUCCUGAGAGACCUGGCAGAAAGCUUCGACCAUAUCGACAAUGUAUUUUCGAUCCGCAAGAAGAUGGAAGAGAUUAUUGGCUGAGUGGUCCGCAAGCGGAAUGUGAUUAUACACAAUGUCCAGCACCACCAACAAUGCCUGGAGCUAUCUAUAUUCCGAUUGACAGCUCUGCAGAAGACAUUGUUGUUGGCUCGAGAAUGGAGUUCUCUUGCAGAAAGCCUUACACCGUUGUUGGAAGAUCGGAUAGAACUAUCAAGUGUCUAGCUGAUAGCACGUGGGAUUUGGGAGAUUUGCGAUGUGAGGGACCGGUUUGUGCAGAUCCCGGGUUCCCUAAUGAUGGAAAUAUCGAUUUGAAUAGCGUUGAAGAGGGCGCAACUGCCAAGUUCUUUUGCAAUCGCCCCGGCUACACACCAUUCCCAAGUGACACUUUACAAUGUACCCUUGGUGCAGCUUGUCUGCUCUCCGAAGAUGUUGGAAUAACUUCGGGAUUCGUGCCAGACGGCGCGUUUUCUGAUAAUUCUGAUUCUACUAUGAGUGGCUAUGAGCCGCAUAAAUCGCGAAUGUCGUCGACGGGAUGGUGCGGGGCGAAAGAUGCGUUCAUCUUCCUCAGCGUAGAUCUUCAACGGGUUUAUACAUUGACCACUUUGCGGAUUGCCGGAGUUGCUGGAAGUGGAUUCUUGAAGGGGCAUGUUACGAAGCUUCAGUUGUUCUACAAGACGCAGUUCUCGAAGAAUUAUGAUACGUAUCCAGUGGAAUUUGAGACACCUGCUGGCAAUCAUAAUGCGAUGCAUCAUUUCGAUUUGAAGCCGCCACUUCGAGCCAGGUAUAUUUUACUGGGUGUUUAUGAAUAUGAAGGACAGCCUUGUAUGAAGUUCGACCUGCAAGGAUGUCUCGCACCGACGCAGAAUCAGAAUCUCAAUCAGAAUCUCGAGAAAGAGUUGAUUGGGUGGAAUGGAAGUGUGCCAGAAUGUGUUGAUAUGCAACCCCGGAAUUCGUGAAAUGUCCAGAGGAGAUUGUUUUUGUGAAAACUGAUGAGAAUGGUCAAUUGAGAGCGGUGGAAUAUGAGGAACCGGUUGCGAAGGAUAAUAGUGGGAAGAUUGCGUAUACACAGAUUGAGCCGAGUGGAAUGAGAAGUGGAUUAAUGAUCACAACUGACACUGAUGUCACCUACACUGCUUUUGAUAGUGCGGGCAAUACAGCGGUGUGUGUUGUGAAGAUUAGGAUCCCAGAUACUCAACCGCCUGUCUUGAAGUGUCCUGAUUCCUACACUAUCCCGGUUGCGAAUUCCUCAAUUGAUCUUGAAUUCAAUAUCUCAAGUGUGGAUCUUGUUGUCCAUGACACGUCUAACGUCACAAAUAUCACAUUCGAACCCGCGUCGAAGACCCUGAAGAUUGGAGAGUUUGUCGAAGUCACUGCUACAGCUGAAGAUGAGCAUGGAAAUCGGAAUUCGUGCAAAUUCCAAGUCGUCUACUCGCCCGAACUUUGUUCACCGGCUAGUUUGGCGAUUUCGAGUCAUGUUGUGAAAGAGUGUAAACACGAGGAUGGUGCGGUGAUUUGUGGUAUCUCGUGUGCAGCUGGAUAUCGAUUUGUGGAUCCCGCGCAAACUACACAGAAUUUUGUUUGUAAUACGAAGGAUGGAAAGUGGAGUCCGAGGAAUAAUGCGCCGGCUUGUGUGAAGAUUCGUGAGUUUCUGGGCUCUUUAUUGGGGGGUCCAAACGAUGCUCCGCGAUUACGCCAACAUUUUUUCGAAGUCUAGAAAAUGUUGUUUUGUAAUUUUGAAAGAUUCAACGAUACUCCGCAAUUACGCGCUCAAUUUUCUAAAUUUUCAGCUGAACAACCAGCCGGUUUCCACAUGAAUGUUGGAAUCAACUAUCCCGUGGUAUCAGCUGUUCCGGAUCAUUGCUUGAAGGUGAGUUUUCCAAGCCACGCGGAAGAUCCAGAUUCAAAACCUCAACUUCCAGGGCUACGCUGAACUCGCUGCCAAAUCUUUCGACGAUCUCGACAAAGUUCUCAGCGAACGUUGCUCCAGUUCUGUCCAAGUUUUUGUCCGACUUCUCAAACUCGACUUCGCCAAUCAACCCGGUCAUCUCAGUGGAAACUACACCAUCCAAAUUCUCCCGACCGUUCUUCAAAGCGUCUUCUACGAUCUUUGCGGUUUGACCCUCAGAACUAUUUUUGAUCUUCGAAUUCCUGGCGCCACUGGACCUAUCAAAAAUCUGCUGACCCUGAAUGGCGACGCGAUUUCGUCGCAGAAUGUCGGAUGUCCGACGAUUCAGGCGACUGUGUCGAAUGUGAAUCAGGGAUUCGCGUGUGCAAAUGGAGAGGUUUUGAGACAGGAGCACAAGGAUAAACUUCCAGAGUGCAGUGAGUUUUUUUUUUUUGGGGAGGAAAAUGGUUAUGACGUGGCAUUUUUUUAAAAUCAAACUAUGUACAAAAAUAACCAGGUCAAACUAGACUCUUUUUAUGCAUAUUAGAAAAAACAUGAUUUUUUUCUCUGCGUCUCUGCACACUCUCCCUUUUCAUCUCUCUCUCGCUCUUUCCCGCGCGGGUCAUUUUUUAUUUGAAAAAAAGCAGUUUCUUUUUUAUUUUUUUUAUUUUCCACGUCAUAACAUAAGUACGUAGAUUUUUGAAUAACUUUUGAUUCUUGAAAAUUUCUAGUUCCAGAAUUCAUAACUUUCAAAAAUCAUUCAUUCUGAAAUUGUUUUUUGAAAAUAUUUUUAGGCUCUUCUGAUUUUUCAUCAUGGGUUUUGUAAUUUUCUAAAAAAAAUCUGAUUUUACUUCCCAGAAUAUUCCGAACUCCACAAAAAAAAUAUUUUUCCAGUGUCAUGCCCAGUCGGAUCUGUCAACAUCAACAACACCUGCAUCCUAUGCUCCAGAGGCUCAUAUCAAGAUGAAUCCGGUCAAACCACAUGUAAAGCAUGUCCAGCUGGAACCUAUACUCUAGACGAAGGUUCGCAUUCAAUCUCAAGCUGUCUAACCACCUGCGCCUUCGGAACUUAUAGUUCAACCGGUCUGAUUCCUUGCCAACUUUGUCCACGUCACACAUUUUCUGGUCUUUCACCAAUCGGUGGCUUCAAAGAAUGCACCGCCUGUCCUUCAGGAUCCUAUACAUCGAAACUUGGAGCAUCGUCACCGGCGGAGUGUCGUUUGGCAUGUAAACCGGGAAGCUUUAGUAAUUCGGGAUUGGAACCUUGUUCAGCGUGUCCCAUCAAUUUCUAUCAAUCGAACGCGGGACAGCAGAGCUGCGUGGAAUGUGCGAAUUCUACCGCAACGCAAGAAAGCGGAGAGGUCGCGGAAUCCGCGUGCUUGCCGAUUGAUUGUAGCGCGAAACAAUGUGAGAAUAAGGCGGAAUGCGAUGUUUUUAUGCAUAAAGCGCAAUGUCGGUGUAAACCUGGAUAUAUUGGAGAUAGAUGUGAGGAGAUUGAGGAAUUGUGCGCGACAAGACCGUGUUUCAAUGGAGGGAAAUGUGAACAGAUUGGAACUACUUAUCGGUGUAAUUGUCCUAAAGGUGAGUUGGAAUUUUUCAAUUUUAAAAAUUUCACUUCCUCCUCAAAAAUCCCAAAUCUUCUUACAGACUUCACUGGUGCUCGCUGUCAAUUCGAAACCGAUGAUUGCAUCGGAGUCGUAUGUCCAAACGGCGGUGUCUGUCACGAUCUACCAGGCCACGGAACUCGAACCUGUCUGUGCCGAACUGGCUUUGCUGGAUCACAAUGUGAAGAGGUCACUGAUAUUUGCUCGACUGCAAAUCCAUGCAAAAAUGGUGCGAGAUGUAUUGGCGAAAAAUUGGGGCGAUUCAAGUGUCAAUGUGUACCUGGAUGGGAUGGACCAACGUGUGAUCAUAAUAUUGGUUAG